GAAUGUUCUAGAUCUGCCUUCUCGAUUCCCUCUAUAAAAAUAUUCUCUUUCCCCCUCAUUUUCAUUCAAUUCAAAAUUUUCUCUCUUCCUAUUCUUCUUCUUUAGAUUCUUUUAAGUUUCUCUGGGUUCUCCUGGUCAAAAAAGAGGGGAAAAGACAACAAGAAAACUUCGUUUUUCCUAGUUAAUAUGGCGGAAGCUCCUACCCAGACCCAACAACCUCGUCCUGUAGUCUACGUAGUUUUCCAGAUCGGCGGCUUUGGAGCCGUCGCAGAUAAUAAGCCUGGUCCGGCGCCGGCUUCUAAAGCUUCCAUAGAAGCAAUGCCAAGGACAAAAGUGGAAGAGAGUGGCAAAGAUUGUUGUAUUUGCUUGGAAGAGUUUGAAGUUGAAGAAGAGGCAAGGGAGAUGCCAUGUAAGCAUGUGUUUCAUUCGGGUUGUAUUGAGAAGUGGUUGUUGAUCCAUGGGCUAUGCCCGGUUUGUCGCUUCAUGAUGCCGCCUGAGACGGCUGAAAUAGAAGGUGGUGAGAGUGAUGGUGGCCGGCGAAGAAUGGAGGGUGGAGAGAUCAAUGGUUUGGAAUUUUUACAAUCGGUUUUUGCAUUUGCUAGCUUGGCUAGCAUGAUGGGUAUGAUGGGUUCGGGUCGGGCUUUCCGUCAACCUGAUUCGGGUCGAGUUGAUGAUGAUACGCCUUCCAAUCAAAACUCAGAUUGCAAUUGACACAAUUUUUUUUUUCUGAAUUGUAACUAAAGAAAUAUUAUUUGUUUUUGACCAACUAAAUUGUAAAUAAGUAAAAAAAUAAGUUGAUUCAUUAAUUUAUUAAGUUUGCUUUUUUCAAUUUGUAUAAAAAUACAUAAUUCGUAAUUAAA